CGCUGGGUCCUGAGUGCCACAACGGAGCCUCUCGAGGCGCACCGGCCGUUGGCAGCGCUCGUUUCUUGGAGGAGGCUGGACCAUAGUGUGGUGGUCACACGACGGAACCGUGAAGGGGUGCCCCGGCGGGUUCUGCUCCGAGGAAACCAGCGAGAGAGCAGUCAUGGCAGACGACUCCACGCCCGACGCGAACACCGUGCAGGCGCUGCGGGACGUGGCCAACCGCCUGCGAAUCCAUUCCAUCAGGGCCACGUGUGCAGCCAGCUCCGGCCACCCCACUUCGUGCUGCAGCGCCGCUGAGAUCAUGUCGGUGCUCUUUUUCCACACCAUGAGGUAUAAACGGACGGACCCGGAACACCCCGACAAUGACCGAUUCAUCCUGUCCAAGGGCCAUGCUGCUCCAAUCCUCUAUGCUGCCUGGGCAGAGGUGGGCAACAUCGGCGAAUCCGACUUGCUGAGCUUGAGGAAAAUUCACUGUGACCUGGAGGGACAUCCCACCCCAAGGCUGCCAUUUGUUGACGUGGCAACAGGAUCACUUGGGCAAGGAUUAGGUGCCGCGUGUGGAAUGGCGUACACUGGCAAGUAUUUUGACAAGGCCAGCUACCGGGUGUUCUGCCUCCUGGGGGAUGGCGAAUCCUCAGAAGGCUCUGUCUGGGAGGCUCUGGCCUUCGCUUCUCACUACGGGUUGGACAAUCUGGUGGCCGUCUUCGACGUGAACCGCUUGGGACAAAGUGGAGUCACGCCUCUUGAGCACUGCACAGACAUCUAUCAGAAUCGCUGUGAAGCCUUUGGGUGGAAUACCUACUUGGUGGAUGGCCAUGAUGUGGAGGCAUUAUGCCAAGCGUUUUGGCAAGCAGCUCAAGUGAAGAACAAGCCCACUGCCAUCAUUGCGAAGACCUUCAAGGGCCGAGGUAUUCCAAAUAUUGAGAAUGCAGAACAUUGGCAUGGAAAGCCGAUGCCAAAAGAAAGAGUGGAUGCAAUCAUCAAAGUAAUUGAGAGUCAGAUACAGAGCAACAGGAAUCUCACACCAAAACCUCCCGUUGAAGACUCACCUCAAAUCAGCAUCAGGAAUGUGAAAAUGACCUGUCUGCCUGAUUAUGUAGUUGGAGACAGGAUAGCUACUAGGAAAGCAUAUGGUUUGGCUUUGGCUAAACUGGGCCACGCAAAUGAAAGAGUUAUUGUCUUGGCUGGUGAUACAAAGAACUCCACCUUUUCUGAGAUAUUCAAUGAAGAACACCCUGACCGUUUUAUUGAGUGUUUUACCGGGGAGCAAAACAUGGUGAGUGUGGCACUAGGCUGUGCCACACGUGGUCGAACCAUUGCUUUUGUUAGCACCUUUGCUGCCUUUUUGACCCGAGCAUUUGAUCAGAUACGGAUGGGAGCCAUAUCUCAAACCAAUAUCAAUUUUAUUGGUUCCCACUGUGGGGUAUCCAUUGGUGAAGAUGGACCCUCCCAGGUGGCCCUGGAGGACCUAGCCAUGUUCCGAAGCAUUCCCAAUUGUACUGUUUUCUAUCCAAGUGAUGCUAUCUCAACAGAGUAUGCUGUUUAUCUGGCUGCCAAUACCAAAGGAAUGUGUUUCAUUAGGACCAGCCAAACAGAAACUGCAGUUAUUUAUACCCCACAAGAAAAUUUUGAGAUUGGACAGGCCAAGGUCAUCCGCCAGAGUGUCAAUGACAAAGUCACAGUUAUUGGAGCUGGAGUUACUCUGCAUGAAGCCUUAGCAGCUGCUGACAGUCUUUCUCAACAAGGUAUUUCUAUCCGUGUCAUUGACCCAUUUACCAUUAAACCCCUGGAUGCUGCCAACAUCAUCUCCAGUGCAAAAGCUACAGGUGGCCAGGUUAUCACAGUGGAGGAUCACUACCGGGAAGGUGGCAUUGGCGAAGCUGUAUGUGCGGCCGUCUCUGGGGAGCCUGACAUCCUUGUUCAGCAGCUAGCAGUGUCAGAAGUGCCUCAGUGUGGGACACCUAGUGAAUUGCUGGAUAAAUUUGGAAUCAGUGCCAGACACAUCAUAGCAGCUGUGAAAAAUACUUUAAUGAGCUAAAAUAGCUGAUUUCUUAGAGUUAGUCUGUUGUCUGGCUUUGAUCUUAAAACACUGGCAUCUUUCUAUUAUUACAUUCAUGGUUGUUACUAAACCAGCAUUUAUAUCUAUAGCAUAGUGCUUUUUCUUUUUUUUAAGGAACACUUUUCUUCAUUCCUAAUUCAAAAUUUCAAGUUAACUACCUUUCCGUUAAACUGUCACUGUAUAUAGAGAUGUCACUCUCGUUGUUUAUUGAAAUGUUUAUAACAUUUUCAGUCACAAAAUAACCAACCAACCAAACAACCACCUAGUACAAAGUUUUCUGUAAGACUACAAAUAACUGGAUUGGGAAUCAACAUAGAGAUAACAGUUUCUUAAAUGUGUAUAAUUUCCUUUUAAGUUAAAAAAACGUGAAUUUAAUUAGAUACUUCAAUAGGCCAGGUUUUGAAGCAAGUUUGAGCUUUCAUGUAAUGCUGUCCUACCUGCAGCUUCCUGGAUAAUGUUUGACUGCAAUUGCCUUGAAAUUUCCUCUGAUGUCUGCCUCAUCUCUCCUCUGCAGUUUAGAAGCUGUAAUGCAGCAGUAAAUGCUCUUAUGAUGUACUGUACUGCUUGCGAUGACUGUUCCAUAAAGAGAUGAAAGCAUAACUAGUUCUAGUCCGCAUGCUACACUGUUCUGUGAGUUUUCAGAAAUGUUUCAUUUUCUCAGUGACCAAAACAUUGCUAAUCUGAUUAUAUUCAUCUAAGAAUACUAACAUCGAUGUAAUAAAACGUUUAAA